AUGGAGGAGGUAGGGGGUCCUUCCCAGUGGCGUAGAGGUGAGCCCAAGAUUAGUUGGAAUUACGGUCCUCUGGCGAUCCAGCAGAGCGCUAACUGGUCGUCUAAAGACACGUUGCGUUCCACAAAACUGUUGCUGAAAUCUCUUGUGUUCCAGUUGGGCACCUCCCUAUUGAUGAAGGUGGCUGUGAGACCUGAUACCUCAGAGGGAGCUGAAGCUGGCUUGGUAUUUGGGUAUGUUGAUCCGAGCAAUUACUACUAUACGUAUCUCAGCUUGGGGGCGGACUCCGACGAUGCCGCAAACCAGUGUGGUUUAGAAUUCGGUCGAGUUCAGGACGGAACAGAAUCAUCAAUUGCCUACAUGCAGUGCAAGGUGGGUAGCGGGGGCCUCGGUGGGGGCUAUCACUUGCUGGCUGUCCAGAGCGACCCUUUGUCGUUCAAAUUCUUUGUGGAUCAAGACGCCGUAGGGCAAACCGUUCUUGGUGUUGGAGACUACCGCACAGGCUCCGUGGGGCUUUUGUCGAAGUCGAAGCCGGUGUCCUUCCAAGAAUUUGUUGUAGGAGGGACCGCCGAAGAGUCUCAGGCUCUCUGGGAGGAUACCUCAAGACCCCGUCGGACCUUCAGUGUGGUUCAAGAAUAUAACGAUCUGGAGUCGAAGUUUGACUCUGCCGAUUCCAGGGAAACUUCAGCACCACCUGGAUCUAACAACACCGAAACCAAGAACGAUGACUUGGUAUGCUUAAUGCCUGAUUAUUGGAGGUGGAUAAAUAAGGAAGACCAGACGGAAUUACAGUCUAUGAGGGACUUACGAACGUCUGACGUACCCGAGUAUUGUUUAGUCAAAUAUUGGUCCUGCCAGGACAGUGAAAUUUCAAUACGGAUGACGUUCCAUAGUGAUGGCGAAGGUGGACUGGUGUUUAGAGCCCAUAACGAGACCUUAAGAACCCACUUGAUGAUCGAGACCAUGUCUCAGAAGGUUACUCUCUAUCAACUAGUACCUGAAACGGGUCUACAACCGUUAUACCAAACAAUAAGUACCAUUCCUCUACUGGCCCAUGAAACCAACACUGUCAGGGUCCGAGAUGUGGGAGGACGUAUCUCAGUCUUCAUUAAUGAGGAAAGGCUCAUAGACGCCGUCAUUCCAAACAAGGCUGAGGCCCUCCUUAAGAGCCGAAUUGCCUAUGGAGCAGGCUUUAUUCUCGCCAGAGGCAGUGCAAGCUUCUCCGGUCUGAAAUUCGCUCCUCUCUAG